AUGGAAAGUGAGAGUGAGAUUAUGACGAUCCCAUGUUUUGAUUUUUGCAAGGGUGGGAUGGCUUUAGAAGAAGGGAGUGAGGAGUGGAAAGAUAUGAGCAAGAAAGUGAGAGAAGCAUGUGAGAGUCAUGGUUGCUUCCUCUUGAUGUGUGAUGAGACCCCCAAUGGUGUACAUGUACGUGAAGAAAUGUUUAAUCACAUGAAAGCAUUGUUUGAUUUGCCUGAAGAAACAAAACAGCAACACGUGAGUCCAAAGCCAUAUAGGAGCUACAAUGGCAAGAACUCAGUCAUUCCCCUCUGUGAAAGCUUUGGAAUAGAUGAUAUUCCUCUCUUAAAUACUGCUGAGGCCUUCACUAACCUCAUGUGGCCUCAAGGAAACCCAUCUUUCUGUCAGAUACUAAAGACCAUGAGUUUAAAGAUGUUAGGACUAAGUUUCCUCAUCCUAAAAAUGAUAGUGGAGGAUUAUGAUCUUCCACAGCAUUACAUUUUGGAUGUUGAAAACAUGAAGAGCUCUAGCACUUCACGAUUGAUGAAAUACAAAGUUACUGAGAACAAUGAAGACUUCAAUAAUUCCCUGCUACCUCACACUGACAAAAAUGGCUUAACCAUUUUAUGCCAAAAUGAAAUCCAGGGGCUCCAGGUGUUAUCCAAAACAGACAAAUGGAUUGAAUUGAAGAUACCCCAAAAUGGCUUUGUGGUCAUUGUUGGUGAUAUACUAAAGGCUUGGAGCAAUGGGAGGCUUCAUGCAGCAACACACAGAGUGGUGGUGAAUGGAGAAAAAGAGAGGUACUCAUUUGGUGUUUUUACAAUGCCGAAGGAAGAGAUGAACAUUGAGGUACCAAGUGAGUUGGUGGAUGAAAAAUCUCACCCCCUUCGCUAUCAUCCAUUCAACUAUGGAGAGUACAUCUCUUACUUUGUUUCAAAUCUCAAAGAGAAUGCUCUUGAGGUGUUUGCUGGUCUUUGA